UCUCUCCCCCUGUGCCUGCAGCCUGCCUAUAAAUAGGGUGAGACAAUAUCUCCGCUCUCACAACUCACAGAGCUUGCCUCACCAAUCGCACAACAUACUCUUGACUCCAAGUACAGUCCAGUACCGCUGUACGGCCAGGACAGGAUAUUCCUGUGAAGAAUUCAGUUCGCUGCAAGAAAGAUGGGCAAGCAAAAGAUUGUGCUCAAGUUGCCCCUGGAUGACGAGAGGAAGAAGAGGAAGGCCUUCAAGGCAGCCGUUGGCAUGAAUGGUGUGACAUCCGCCACGAUGGAGGGCGACAAGAUCAUCGUGAUCGGCGACGGCGUGGACCCGAUCACGCUGACCACGAUGCUCCGGCGCAGCCUAGGCUACGCGGAGCUGCUCAGCGUCAGCUCCGGCGAUGACAAGAAGAAGGGAGACGGAUACGGCUACGGCGGCGGCAUGAUGUACGGUGGCGGCGGUGGCAUGGGUUACGGUGGCGGCUUCGGUGGUGGCAAGGAGGGAAAAGAUGGAAAGGAGGGCAAGGAGAGCGGCGGCAAGGGCAGUGGCGGCGGUGGCUACGGCCAGUACCAGGCGGUGGCGCCGGUCUCGUACCCUGCCUAUCAUCAGUACAACGCGAUGCCGUCCUAUCCCGUCUACUCCUACCCUGCUUACCCGCAGCAAGAACAGGAUCCUGGAUGCAGUAUAAUGUAAAUCUAAGAGCCUCCUGUGCUUUGUCCAAGUUAAUCUGGAAAGUUGGAGGUGGCAAAAACUUGGAGAUGAACUCGUUGCCAAGAUGGUCCAUGAAGGCUUCAACUUUUGCAAGGCUGGAUGUGACGCUAGCUGUGAGCAACUGAGCAUCAUCAGUGAGUAUGUACAGGGUUGGUCAUCAAAAGCAGGUGGGUGCAGAGUUGAAAGUGGUGGAGUUCAUGGUGAUGAUUCUACUGCAAACUGAGUAGCAGUGUUUUUAUUUUCGUUUCUGUGUUGGUGGGGGGAAAGAAGAUGUAGUGUUUGUUGGAGAAAAGGAGGCAAUAAAGAAAAUCUGUACAAUAAUAUCUUGUGCCGAUGCUUGCAAAAUAUUUGAGUAGCUACUGCAAUUUCUUGA